AUGACCGCGCUGGUGGGCGGGAAGCGGGUUCCCAAGGACGCCGCCCGAAUCGAAGCCUACGGCACCGUCGACGAGUUGAACGCGGUGGUGGGUUGGUGCGCGCCUGGAACGAGGAAGCUCCGGCUCGACGCCAUGCUCCAGGAGAUCCAGCAGGAGCUUUUCGACCUGGGCAGUGAGCUGGCCACCCCCGAGGAUUUCACCUACGACGGCAUGCACCGCAUGGGCGAAGAAGAGGUGACCCGGAUUGAGCGGGUCAUCGAUGAAUGUCAAGAAGAGCUGGAGCCGCUCAAGUCGUUCAUCCUGCCGGGAGGCGGACGCAUCAGCGCGCAACUCCACCAGUGCCGCACGGUGUGUCGGCGGGCCGAGCGGGAGAUCCUCGGGUUGUCGCGGAUCGAGAACGUCGGCGAGUGGCCGCUGCGUUACGUCAACCGGCUGAGCGAUCUCUUCUUUGUGCUGGGGCGAUGGGUGGGGAAGAAUCUGGGGGAGACGGAGUACCUCUGGCAACGGGGAUUGAAGUAG